AGCAUUGGCUUCUAUGCGGCACGCAUUUCAGAGUGGAAACCGGCUAUCGUUUUGGAAACAAUGGAUUUAUUCCCGAAUAAGCAUUGAUCAAUCGGCUCGUUCCACCUAUGAAACUCCUUUGAACAAUCCCAACGACGUUGAAAAUGGCCGCCAACGCAAUAUUCUAGUUACAAGGCAAUCAGGAGCCACCAUUGAAAUUUAUAUGAACAUUCCAAACGUUGAAAAUGGCCUCCAACGCAAUCAAGUUACAAUGCUCGGAUCAGUGCCAGCUUUAGUAGUACUGUUGCGCGUUCUAGUUUCAGCAAUUUUCCGGGAUUACUUGUUGGGGCCAGCAAAAUCAAUAGUCAGCAACUGGCUCGGAAUCCAGCAGUUAUAUGAAAUGAAGAAGAUCCAUAUCCAAUCCGAGGAACUUCUUUCCUGCAUGUGUAAGGAGAUACCAAAAAUCUCCCAAACUCGACAACUUACAAGUGGUGGGGUUUAUGAUGCAAUCAACCGUGCUGUCAAAAAUGGGAUUUUCGAGUUUGUUUCCACAACAAUCAGCGAGGAUCCAAGAUUUUUGGAGAUGGAAGAUACAGAUUCGAGGAACAUAUUUAUGCUCGCUGUUCUGUAUCGACAUGCUAAGAUCUUUAGCCUUGUAAAUGGGCAUGAUAUGAAGAACCCUUUGACAUCUAACAAAGAUCGCAGCGAUAAUAACUUGUUGCAUAUGGCAGGGAUGGUAAAUGAUUCCACUAGGCUUAAUCGAAGCUCUGGUACAGCUUUACAGAUGCAAAGAGAAUUACAAUGGUUUAAGGAGGUGGAGGGAAUUGUCAAUCCCAAUAUUAAAGAAAAUACUAAUAAAGAUGGUUUAACUCCACGACAAUUGUUUACAAAGAACCAUGAGGAUAUGAUGGAAAAGGGAGAAAAAUGGAUGAAGGACACAGCAUCGUCAUGUACAGUGGUGGGUGCUCUGAUUGUUACCAUUAUGUUUGCUGUAGCUUUUACGAUUCCAGGUGGUAAUGACCAAACUAAAGGCUAUCCAAUAUUCUUAAAGAAAAAAUUGUUUAUGCUCUUUAUAAUAUCCGAUGCAUUGUCGCUUUUUUCUUCCUCAAUUUCAGUCUUGAUGUUUUUGGGAAUUCUCACAUCACGUUAUGCAGAAGAAGAUUUUCUCAAGUCUUUGCCUAAAAAGAUGGUUAUAGGUCUUUCCAACCUUUUCUUAUCUAUUGCAACCAUGAUGAUAACAUUUUCUGCUGCUCUUUUAAUCAUGCUACAUGACCAAUUACCGGUUGCAAUUCCUCUCAUUUGUUUGAUUGGCGUUCCGGCGGUCAUCUUUGUAAAGAUUCAGUUCCCCAUUCUUAAAGAUAUGUUCAUGUCGACCUAUUUCCCUGCAAUAGGAAGAUGAAGUUUGAUUUGAAGUAAUCCAUUGUGCAAUAUGCUGUUUUGCAAUAUAAACUUAAGAUCUCUUCGGUGGCAACGCAAGAGAUUGCAUGCUUCUAGCUAGCUUGAGGCUACAAGGAAGAAGGCUUAAAGUUUGUGUCGCUCAAAAGAAUAUAGAUUCAUAACUUUCUUCAUUAUCUCACAAGUUUAAGG